AUGAUGAUUUUCCUAGUUUUAAUGGUCAGUGGUACACUAGCAGCUCAAGUUUCUCAUGUUAAUGAUACCAUUUAUGCUACAGACUUGGUCCACGUCAAUGGUUCUUUAAGUUUAAGAGGUGGUAAUGUCAAAAGAGAUAUUUCAAGUGAUACCGACCUUGAUGUCGCUUUCAAAAACGUUGCAUCAUCGGUUGUCCUUAAUGAAGAAGCUGCUUUAAACUAUGAGAACAGUUUGUCCAACAUUGUUAAUAAUAGUACUUCAAUUGAUAAGCGUGAUGUUGUUAAUUGGAUUGCAGGUACUUUGACGACCUGGGCUGUUGCAAGUGGAACUGUUGCAUAUAUGGCACAGUAUUGUAUGAAUCAAAGAAGUGGUGAUAAUUUUUUUAAAAAAAACUGGGCCUGUGUGAUGUUGGCACAAGCAAUUACUAUUGGUGCUACAACCUCAUAUGCGUACUUAGCUUAUCAGGGUACAAUUUCGGCAGGUUUUCAAUAUAUUUCAGGUUUGGCAAAUUCCAAUGGUAGUAAAAUAAAUAAACGUGAAGCUGAAUUUGAUAUUCCUAAUUAUGGUUGGUACAAUCAUUCAAGUUUGGCACAUCAAAUUGGUGCUCAAGGGCUUUCAAUUGAUAAUAUCGAAUAUGAAUAUGCGUUUGUUGGAGACGAUGGUACACCAUUCAUUCAUAGACCAAAAUACAGACUUUCAUUAAAUUCAAAGCCUUUAGUGGAAAUCUCUAUGCAUAAUGGAACCUUAUUUUCUCAUAUUGGUGAUUUGGGGUAUAAUGAUGAUACAACAGACCCAGAGAAACCUGACAAAAGAGAUUAUGUUGGUGAGGAUGAGUGGAAUCGUGUCUAUUUCACACAAGGUGGUUUAUUAGAAGAAGGUUGCAAGUACGAUGGUAGUUCAGAAACUUUGACCAUGCCAAAAGAUUUGAAUAUGGUGUACAAUCUUUUAAAUGAUUUUACUGGUUUUUGGUACUACAAUUCUGACAAGGUUACUCACUGGUACAUUAAAGAUAAUAAUCAUAACAAAGAUAUUGCUGAAGGGUUGUUACAACGUAAUACUGAAAAUUUCGGUUAUUGGCAGUUUACUCAACCUUAUAAUUUAUGUUACGGUGACGGUGAUUGGGCUUGA